GAUGCGAGAAGGCGCUGGGGCUCUUCCAUGAUGAGCGAGGAUGCUGAAAGCCGCCGGUUCGGCUCCCUGGAGGACGAAAGGGAUUACUGGAGGGAUCUGGCGGCCAAGUAUAAGCAGUGCGCCGAGAAUGCACAGGAGGAGCUGCGCGAGUUCCAGGAGGGGAGCCGGGAGUACGAAGCGGAGCUGGAGUUGCAGCUGCAGCAGGCGGAGGCCCGGAACCGGGAGCUGCUGGCGGAGAACAGCCGGUUGCAGGGGGAGCUCGAGGCAGCGAAGGAGAAGGUCGCGGCCCAGCACUCCGAGGGCUCCCGGCAGAUCUCCGCCCUGGAGGAGGAGCUGGCCCAGACGAGAGCCAUCCGGGAGCAGCUGCAGAGGUACAUCCGGGAGCUGGAGCAAUCCAACGACGACCUGGAAAGGGCAAAGAGGGCCACCAUCAUGUCCUUGGAGGACUUCGAGCAGCGCCUGAACCAGGCCAUCGAGCGCAACGCCUUCCUGGAGAGCGAGCUGGACGAGAAGGAGAACCUCUUGGAAUCCGCCCAGCGCCUGAAGGACGAAGCGCGAGAUUUGCGUCAGGAGCUGGCCGUGAAGCAGAAGCAGGAAAAGAACCUGGCCUCGGUGGACGCUUUGCUGGAGUCGGAGCGAAGGGACACCGCCGUGCAAGCCACCCUCUCGGGGCCUUCCACUCCUGCGGCCCCUCGGGGGCCCGGCCUGGCCCUAAGUACCCCAGGGUCACUCCGACGAGGGUUUGAGGACAGCUACAGCGCCACGCCCCUCACCCCGGCGGCACGGAUAUCAGCCCUCAACAUCGUGGGAGACCUCCUCCGGAAAGUUGGGGCCCUGGAAUCCAAGCUGGCCUCUUGUCGAAAUUUUGUGUACGACCAAACUCCAUACCGAAGCGCCGUGUCCACGCCAGCGUGUUUCGGAAGAGACGCCUUCGAGAGGCGGCUGAGUGGCCCCUACGCUGCCCAGGGGUUGGCCAAGCGGCUGGAGUUCGGGGGCCGGCCGUCUCCCCUCCCGGGGCCGGCCGGCCUGCCUCCUCACGGGGUGGUCCAGAUGCUUCUCUGAGGUGCCCCCUUCGUGCGGACGCUCGUUCCUUGGCCGGUCUUCGUGGGACACGAUCACCUGGACGGCCACUCUCUGGAGGCCGCGGGCGGGUGGGCCGCGGGAGGCCGCGGGGUGGGAGGCCGUGGG